UUCUUGCUUUGCUGCCCAACGUUUCAGAGUUAAGGAAGCAUUUUGAAACCUCAAACAACAGUAAUCCAGAAAUGAAGAGGAAAGAGAGGAUUGCGAGACGGCUAGAAGGUAUAGACACCGAUGUGCCAACCGCUCUGGCUACAAGCAUGGAAUACACACCUGGCUCAGUGACCAAUCGACUGCUGGAGGAAGAUAUUCCACGAUAUACACGUGCUUCAGACUCUGUUGAACCAGUAAGACACUACAUUCAAGAUGCGAUGGAGGAUUUAGAGAGACAAACAAGGCCGUCCAGUGCACAAUUUACUAUCCAUACCGACUCAACUCCCAACCCUGGAGGGUCAGACGAUGCCGGCCUCAGUUCCAAAGCCGAGCGCAUCGCCCGCUACAAAGCCGAGCGUCGGCGACAGUUGUCGGAACGUUACGGAAUCCUCCUCGACCAGGAAUCGGACUUGGAUUGCGCGCCGAGAUACACGCGGGCACGCCGAGAGUCUGACCUUAUGCCCAAACAAGCUAAAGAUGGGCGUGGACAGAAACAGGAACCUCUUCGAGAGGAAGAGAGGAGGCGUGAACGAAGCACCCGGAGGCCGCAAUACAGCAGCUCGGGCGUGGGCCGGGUUUCCAUGUCCACAAAUCCCGGACCUGAUCCUGGUCCUCCUCCACCCAGGGAGCGAACAGGUUCUUUUACUUCAUCUAGGAGCGUAGAUGCAAGGCAAGAGAGUGAGAAGGCCAUGAACUCGGAGAACUACCGGAGAACACCAGACAGGAGCCAUAGGCCACGUACACAAGAAGCCCCACCCACUGAGGAGAUGCCAGUUCAGCCAGUCAGAGGUGUAGCAGCGGUGUCCAGGUCACCACGCGUUGCCCGCCGGUCCUCUCUGCCGUCCACACGCCAGGGCAUCUCUCCAGGAGAUAUGUUCUUUGAGCAACAGGCACAGAACAUCCUCAGUCGACAAGGGGGUAUCCAACAACUCUCUCAAAUGUAUAGAAUACCUCAACAGUCGCAAGUUGGAGAAAAGAGCUUUCAACAAUCAAUGCCUAUGACUAUGGAUGCUUCACAACCUGAACUAAGAUAUAUACACGCCCACCAACCUGCAGAUAUGGGCAGCGCCUAUCACCAACCUGUUCAGCAACAUCCACUUAAAUAUGAGCAGAUCUUACAUGCAUCUCCAUCAUUUGCACAGCCUCAACAGUUUGUCACUGGGUAUACUCCCAGUCAGCCUCCACCUUAUGGUCGUAUUGAAGAACUCCAUCCUGCUUAUGGCCAAGCUCCCCACCAUGGCCUUUCCUCCCGACCUAGCCAGCCACCUCCUCCUUUGAAAGACAAUAUUGCCUGUUCUUCACCCGGACCUCCAAAAUCGCAUGAAUCUUCAGACCGGGGCCAUGCAGACAUACCUAGAUUGACACCCAUCGGUAGGGAAGGCGUAGAGACCAGGCGAAGAGCCAGUAGCGAUCAAAUUCAGCUCGUCCAAAGGGAGGGCCGAACGGUAUCCAGAACAGACCAGGCCUCGAGCCUUCUGCGAAGCAAAAAGGCUGUCCUGCCUUCUGAAAUCCGACGCCGGGAGAGGAGUGUGGAUGACACCAUGCAAAGAGGCACUGAGGAAUCUUCGGAGGGCAGAAGAAGCAGGAGGAUCAGUGCAUCAGACGAGGGUUCGGGAAGAGGAAAAGUCUGGGCAGGACAGUUGGAUGAAGGGCAUGGUAGAGGUAGAAGCAGGGUUAGAAAUGUUGAACCAAGUGAAGGUCAUGAUGAAAGAAGGGUCAGUCCACUGGGUGAGGAAGGAGGUAAAGGAGAAAACAGAAUGCAGAAAAAGGCAAGCCAAGAGAGUGAAAGAAAUGACAAGAGGCAUGAUGGGAAGACAGGCAUGAUUAGUAUAAGUGACCAGAGAAGGGUAGAUUCGUUAAACGAGAGAGAGGGGUGGGAUGGAAGUAAAACAGACAUGUUAAAGGAAGUUCAGCAGCAUAGUGUAAGGCAAGUUGAUGUGAACAUGGGUCAGUUUGAAAAACAAUUACAAACAGAUAGUAAGCAAAUUAGACAAAUUGAUGACCAAGACAAGCAGGUUGAACGCUGGACAAGCAGAUCAGAUCUGCCAGUAAGCCGGACUGAAAAAAGGUCUAGUCAACUUGGACAGAGGAUUGCACAGCCUGAUAGGAUGACCCCAAAAGAAGGCAGGAUCAUAAAACAGCUGGAUGAGUUAGAAAGUGAAGAAGGUCAAAAAUGUGUCCAAAAAGAGAUGUCAGAAUCACAAGGCAGGCGAAGGAGGUCCAGCCAGCCGGAGAAUGACGAGGCGCAUGUCAGGCGUAGAAGGCUGAGCCAGUCCGAAGAUGAACCCAAAGGACGUCGGGUACGUAGAAUCAGUCAGUCAGGUGGACAGGCAGAAGUAGAAGGAGACGAUGGAUUGGAUCCAAACCUCUCAGAAGCCAUGGACACCACACCCCCACAGCAGCAAAAGCCAGAUGACCCAUCUCCACAUCACAGACUGGAUGAAAUCGGUGGCUACCUACAAAGAGGAUCCUCCCUCCCUCAAGCGUGUCACAAAGGAAGCAGAGAUGGGAAUGAUCUCAAGCCAAAAUCUAGGAAUCGCUCUAUGUCCGAUAUCGGACUAGCUCAGCGCUCAGCCGCAAUCCGGCGUCUCGAUCGCGCCGUAAGUCGUGAAUCUCUGACAGAACUGGGGUACAACACCAGGGAGACGGGUGCUGCCAGUGGCGAAGGUGGUGCCUUGGAUACAAGAGUUUCUGUGGCAAAGCUCAGACAUUCUUACCUGGAGAAUGCCUCGGGACGCCAGCCUGAACUUGAGUCUAAGAUAGACCAAACUUCUAUGGAGACUGAUCCAGAGGCGGUUGUCGACAAUGAAAGAAGACAACGUCGACCUAAGAGGUAUAUCCAGCCUGGUGAUGAUCGGAAGUCAUCUGAAAGGUUUAGAACACAGCCGGUGACAUCGGCUGAAAGACUGCAAUCUGAUAGGUUGAUUGAGCUACAGAGGGAAGAUGUGGAUGAAGAAAAGUUGGAUGAGCGAGCAAAGAUGAGUGUUGCAGCCAAGAGGUCCCUCUUCAGGGAUCUUGAGAAGGCUGGAGAAGGCGGCGUUCCCAAACCUCGCUCUCGUAAUGCCGCCGUUGAGCGAAGACUUAGGCGUGCACAGGACCGCUCGAGAACUCAGCCCGUCACCCCAGAGGAGGUGGUCACUGCUGCAACUUCUACUGCUCCCUCCUCCCAAAUGAUUACUGUCCAAACUACAACCCCCAGAUUCCCCAGCCCUACUGUAGUCAGCACCACAACAACUAACUUCAGCGUGCAGCCGUCCUCGGCCCCUGACUCAUCACGGGAGCAGGAGAAGGAGGUGCCACCCAGAGGAGUGCAUUCAGAAGAAGGGGCUGAAAAAGAGGAGCAGGACCUAUCGACUCUGAGCCUGUCUGAGAAAAUGGCUCUGUUUAACCGCCUCUCCAAACCUCCUGCACAAAAAGAAGAGUCUACAUGUACCGAACCACGCACGCGCAGGAGCAACGCCCGCUUCCAAACACAGCCCAUCACUGUAGGAGAGGUGGCACAGGACCUAAUGCAGGAUAUAGAUUCAUCAGGUCAUACAGUCUCUGUACCAAUACCUAAUGGUUCCCACAGUGACCAACUGCAGGAUAGAAGUCAGAAGUUGGAGCCCCUAUCAGCAGCGUUGGUCCAUUCCGUCGCCGCGGUCACCGCCCAGGCUUCUGUUGCCACGGUGACUAGCCCAUCUCUGGCAAAGUCUGCAGACGUCCACUCACAGCCAUACCCAGCCCAGUCUUUCCCCCCUCCUUCGGCCGUCCUGCCCGCUCGGGCCUCGCCCAACCAGCCGGCACAGGAUAAGCUCCCAGCCUAUGAGAGAGGAGUUCGUUAUUUCAGCCUGACCGACAGCCAAGAGAACAACCCACCCAUCACGGACUACCCACCCUCACCGGAGGUCCUGAGCCAACAAGCUCACGGCAAGGGCGUGGCCGCCGCACCGCCAGCCAACGAGCAGAGACGCGGGGAGGACGGUGGGCGGAGAAUCGGGUUGCCGGAGAGAGGGGAACACGAGCCCCCUCAUGCCGUCAAUCAGCGCCAACAUACACACGCAGCUACACACAGUCACUCUCUCAAUGGUGGCAAGGGGGAGGUAGAGCUGAGCCACCGGCUAGAGAGGGAGCGUGAUGAAUCGAGGGAGCGAGACUGGGAGAGCAGCAAGGAGAAAGCACUCGUCUCGCAAGGUUACCUCACGCCCGAUGCUUCACGGAUCAGAGCCGGUAUUUCAGAUGUUCCCAAGCCUGCUCUUCCAGCACAUCCCGUGAGCACCGAAGCACCUUCCUAUCAAAGCCCUUCAUACACUUCAUCACCUGACUACCUGCAGCACAGCUCUCCUUACACUUCACCUCAACCCCAACCAAAGCCAGUUCUGCAGCACUUCCAAACCUCCCCUCACACACACAUCCGUCCUCAACCGGAGCCUCACAUUUCCCCUCAAACGUCACCUCUUGCUCGUCCCAGACCCCCGCAAAACAUCCAAUCUCCUCCACCGCCUCCUCCUGCACCGCAUAUUUACACAGAAUUUCCUGGACAGGUCCAAACCAGAGGAUCCCCUCAGAACCAACCCAGGCCUCAAACCUUUAGCCCUACUCAGUGUUAUUCUUAUAGCUCUUCACAGAUUAAAACCCCACCUCAGACACAGCCCAAACCCCAGUACGUUUCACCAGUUCAGACCCAGCAUUCCCCUGUGGCUCAGGAGGAAGCAGAGACAAUGACGUCCUUGUCCAUCAAAGAAAGGUUGGCCAUGUUGAAGAAGAGUGGUGAGGAAGAUUGGAAGAACAGAAUGAACAAGAAACAGGAGGUUGCUCAGGAAGUCACAUCAAUAAGCAGCCAACUAUGGGAGGAGCAAGGAUUGAAGGAGAAGGAAGAAAGGACUGUUAUUGAGGAGUUUGCAUCGUCUGAGCGGGUUUGGGAGCCUGUUUUUGCCUCUACCUAUUCUCCUCCUCCUUUCCAUUCACCUCAAAAAUGUCAGCCUAUAGACCAUCCACACAAGAGGCUGGAUGAAGAGGGAGAAGGCCAGAUGUCUGUCGAAGAGCGGAAACAGAUGAUCUGUACCCGAGACGAGGCGUGGCAAAGCACUGGAAAGGGAGUGGUGAAUGAUUCCGCCCAGUACACCGUGGCUGCCCGGAUGGUGAAGAAAGGUUUGGCUGCUUCCUCUGCAGUGAUCAGUCCCAUUCUGUCUCCAGUUGCUGCUAAAAUGAAGAACGGUGCAUCAGCAAUAUCCAAACCACAGGAGGAAAUUGAAGUUCGAGCCGAUAUGGAAUCUGACAAGAAACUAGACAAGCUGGAGACGUUUUUGGGACGUUUAAACAAUAAGGUGACGAACCUGCAGGAAUCGACGCUCGCGGUCACAGACAAAGCGGUCAAAGAAGUGAUGCGACUGGAUGAUGAAAUCUUCUCCAAGUUUUACCGUCAUGUAGCGGAUAUUCCAUGCAGCAUAACCAGGGUGCCGUUCGAGUAUGACUUUGAUGCCAUCUUCGGCAAACAUACGCCAAAGUUGGCAUCAGCAAUGGUGCAGCACAAGAGAGAAGUGCGUCCCUCGCGCAACGUUCAGGCUUCACGCAACCCGCUGAAGGUUCUGGCAGCGAGGCAGGACAUCAGACACGAGUACACCGAAGAGAGACUCAACGUCGGUCUUCUGGAGAGCAAACGGAUCAAAGAGACGAAGAUGAGCAAGAGCUCCAGUAUAUCCGACGCCGCUCUGGCUGGCUUGGCGAGUAAGGAGAACUACAGCAGUGUAAGUUUACGCAGCGUCAGCUUCUCAGAGCAGGUGUCCAACAACAGCGCUUCUCCAUAUAAAAAGCUUAUGCUCAUACAAGUCAAAGGCCGCCGACACAUCCAGACCAGACUCGUCGAGCCCAGAGUCUCGUCUCUGAACAGCGGCGACUGUUUUCUACUGGUUACGUCUGAGCACUGCUUUGUUUGGAUAGGAGAGUUUUCAAACGUCAUUGAGAGGGCAAAGGCAUCCGAGCUAGCCUCUUUCAUCCAGUUAAACCAUGACCUUGGUUGCCGGGCGACACAAGUAGAGACUGUCGAGGAGGGAAUAAACUCGCAAAGCCCUGCAGCGGCCGAGUUUUGGAAAAUUCUUGGAGGACCAGCCAGCUAUCAGCCGGCUGGUCCCCCAGAAGAGGACGAGUUUUUUGAGUGUGCCGUCGUGGAGACGAAUUGCAUCUUCCGUCUGGUGGACGAUAAGCUUCUACCUGACGAUGAUUACUGGGGCAGGGUUCCUCGCAGCGCACUCCUAGGAUCUAAGGAGGUGGUGGUUUUUGAUUUCGGCAGCGAGGUGUACGUGUGGCAUGGUAAAGAAGUCACUCUGGCGCAAAGGAAGGUGGCAUUCCAGCUGGCCAAGCAUCUGUGGAAUGGCACCUUUGACUACUCCAACUGCGAUAUCAAUCCACUAGACCCUGGAGGAUGCAAUUCACUCAUACCUAGGAAGGGUCAAGGCAGACCAGACUGGGCUAUUUUUGGCAGACUGACGGAACAUAAUGAGACCUGUUUGUUUAGAGAGAAAUUUCUGGACUGGAGAGAGACUGCAGGUUCCCCACCAAAAAACGGCAAUGAACAGUCCUUUGAGCAGAAGGGUCCAGCUUUUCAUUCUGAGUUUGCAGCCUAUGAUGUGGCUCUGAUGCUUCCGGUGCUCCAGUCCCCCAUCAGCAUGAUUCUUGACGGCCAGGACGUAGGUCGAGGUCACGGCCCUGUGGACAGUGGAUCUUUUGAGGACCGUCUGCGCUCUGUCGAGAUCAGCACAAUCUGUGUGGACGUCUGGCACGUCCUGGAAUUCGACUACAGCCGUCUGCCCAAGCAGAGCAUCGGUCAGUUCCAUGAAGGAGACGCCUACGUGGUGAAAUGGAAGUACAUGGUCAGCGUGGCAGUGGGCAACCGGCAGAAGCCAGAGCAGGUCCGCAGUGCCGGUCCAGGACGAGAAAAGUGCUGCUAUUUCUUUUGGCAGGGCAGGAACUCUUCUGUCAGUGAAAAAGGAACGUCAGCACUGAUGACGGUUGAGCUGGACGAGGAGAGAGGAGCACAGGUGCAAGUGCAGCAGGGCAAAGAGCCGCCAUGCUUCCUGCAGUGCUUCAAUGGUGGCAUGAUAGUGCAUUCUGGGAAAAGGGAGGAAGAGGAGGAGAACAUUCAUAAUGAAUGGCGUUUGUACUGCGUCCGUGGCGAGGUGCCAGUAGAGGGCCACCUGCUGGAGGUGGCGUGUCACUGCAGCAGUCUCCGUUCUCGCACCUCUAUGAUUUUGCUCAACAUCAACAAAGCACUCAUCUACCUCUGGCACGGCUGUAAGACUCAAACCCAUACCAGAGAGGUUGCGUGUACCGGCGCCAACAAGAUCAAAGAACAGCGACCGCUGGAAGCAGGGCUGCAUAGCAGUUGCAACGUGACCAUCUAUGAGUGCGAAGAAGGGGCAGAGCCACUGGAAUUCUGGGAAGCUUUAGGCAGGAAAGAUCGUAAGGCGUAUGACUGUAUGCUUCAAGAUCCUGGAAAAUUCAACUUCACCCCACGUCUCUUUCAACUGAGUAGUUCGUCGGGCGAUUUUGUGGCACAGGAGUUUUUCUAUCCAUCCAGAGCAGCAGACAGUGUCAGUGCUUUUCCUUUCCUACAGGAGGAUUUGUACUCAGCACCACAGCCUGCUCUGUUUCUGGUUGAUAACUACCACGAGGUUUACCUGUGGGAGGGCUGGUGGCCACAAGACACAGAAACCCCAGGUUCAGCUCGUAUCCGCUGGGACGCCGACAGGAAGUGCGCAAUGGAAACCGUGCUCCGCUACUGCCGAGAAAAGAAUGAAAAGAAUACACAGAAGUCAUAUUUGAUUCAUGCUGGACUAGAGCCUCUUACUUUUACCAACAUGUUCCCCAGCUGGGAGCACCGUGAGGAUAUUGCCGAGGCCACCGAAGGGGAGGCAGAGAUGCAUAACCAGAUCACUUUGGUGGAAGACGUCCUGUCUCGCCUUUGCCAAAGCACUUUUCCACUCGAGGCGCUGCGGCGCCGGCCCCUUCCGCACGGCGUCGACCCGCUGCGACUUGAAAUCUACCUAUCAGACGAGGACUUUGAGACGGCCCUGGAGAUGACCAGGGAGGAGUAUGAGGCUUUGCCGGGGUGGAAGCAAGUCAACCUUAAAAAAGCCAAAGGACUCUUUUAGGUUUUUUUUGUGUUGAUCUGACUUUUUAAUGCCAUGGUCACUUGUUCUGUGUUUCUGUGGUUACAAGGCCACGAGGUACAAGGUUACAAGGUAAUUCCCACACAGAACCAGAUGACAAUCAUGCUAUUAGUCACUCUACGUCCCUCACAAGUGUGCCACCCUGCUCCACUGUUCGUCUCUAUUCAAUCCUGAGGUCGGGAGGACGUGACUGAUGUGUUUUUGUGUUUUUGCACUUUUAACUUCUCACCACUGUGUGUCACGUGUCUAUGAAACUGCUGUAAAGUAAAGCUCUUUAUUUUUACCCCACCUCUUUACAGUAAUAGGAUGGGGGGAAAAAAGCAGUUCUGUUUUUUGUCUUCCUGUCUUGUCUGAAGUCUUUUACAGUGCUGCUAUGUGUGUGUGGGUGCUUAAAGAACACUUGGCUCAUUUUAAAAAGUGUUUACAAUAGUUAUAUACAUUGUCUGAUUAUUUUCAGUUGCUUUUUACAUGUCAAGUGUGAACAUUUUCUCGCUGUGUGGAUCAUGUUUGUUCAAAAUAUUGAAGGAAGGGAAAUAAUAAUGAUUAUAAAGAAUAAUUAUUAAAUGAAAUACUGUAAAUGUA